AUGAAACAGAAUAAGCUAAAAAAUGUUUGUUCCAUCGAGUGUUGUAUAAAAUGUAAAAAUAAAAAGCAAAACAAAAAUCAUUUCUAUAGUUUCGUAAAUAGAAAAUGUGUUCUAGAAAGAAAGAAAAAUUGUAAGUUACAUUUUAACAAAAUAAAUUAUUUGUUAAAUGGAAGAAAAAGAAUUAAACAAUGGAACCAAAAAAAAAAAUUAAAUUAUGUCAAAAGAAAUAAUGUUUUUUUUCUCUCCCUACAUAAUAGAAAAGAGGAUGAAAUAUCUGACGAAAAAAAUAUUUUCGCAAGUAUAUAUUCGAAAAUGUUGGAAAAGGGUAAAUACAAAAAUAGCUUGUUAAAUGAUGUAGCAAGACUAUUUAAAAUAAUACGAGAAAGUAAAUACAUGUUUCUCGUGGGAUUUUUAUUAACCAUCAUAUCUUCAGUUGUUGAUUCUUUUAUUCCUAUCUUUUUAUCAAAAACGCUCUCUUAUGUAAUGGAUAGGAGUUCAACAAUUGUCCAAAAGAACAAUUCGCCAUGUAUGAUAUCAUUGAUAAAUUAUUUUAAAUUUAAUAAUCCUAUUUAUAAGUAUGUAUUAAUUUCCCUAUUAGGCAUAUUAUUGUCAUCCUUUCGGUCAUAUAUAUUUAAUGUAUGUGCAUAUUUAAGUACAAACAAAUUGCAGAAUCAUCUAUUUAGAGUAUUGCUGUAUAAACAUAUAAACUACUUUAAGAAAAAAGGUAGAGGAGAAUUGAUAAGUAGAUUAAACUUAGAUUCUUCUGAAUUAAUUGAUAUAUUUACCACUAACAUUAUUGUACUGUUAAGAAAUAUUAUAAAAAUGGUAUUGUCUUUUUAUUUUCUGUAUAAAAUAAAUGUACACCUAUUUAUAGUUUCCUUCCUUAUCGUUAUAACUAUUUCGAAUAUUUCUAUAUUUUUUUCAAAUAUUUUUCGUAAAUUGGCAAAAGAAGAGAGUAAUGAUGUUGCAUAUUCAAAUAAUAUUGUAGAAGAAUCCAUCAAUAAUUUUUCUCUUAUAAACACCUUCAAUACACAUAAUAAAGAAAUAGAAAAAUUCACAAAAUCUUUAGAUAAUAUUUAUAUGUGUAGAAUGAAAUUAGGUUUAUUAUAUAGUAUAGAAAAGCUUUUAAUACGUUUGAUUGAUAUGUUAACCCUUAUAGUAACCCUAAUUUUAAGUAAAAGAACCUUAAAAAAUAAUAUUUAUUCAGAUUCUAGAACUGUUAUUUCUUCAGUUAUAUACAUGCAAAAUAUUAUAUCCCAGUCAUGCACUAUUGAACAACAAUAUUCAAGAGUCCAAGAACUUAUAGGUAAUGCAGAGGAUAUCAUAAAAUUAAUUGAAAAGGAAUCUAUGAGUAACAGUCAGAAUAAAUUGAGUUCUAAUAAAUAUCAUUUUACAAAUCUUUACAAUUUUGUUGAUAUAAAAAAUGUAAUACUUAAAUACCCCCUUAUAAAAAAAUUUCAAGCCAUUCAAAAAAAUGCUGAAUAUGUUGCCAAUAUUAUUAAACCUAAUUAUUUGAAACUAUUUGAAAGAAAUUAUAAUAAUUUAUGCAAAUUGUUCAUAAGUGACAGAAAAAGUUUGAAAGAGGAUAAUAUUAUUUCCCUUGCAUUUAUUGAAGACAGGCAAUUCAAAAAAAAUAUAAACGGAAAUUCUCUUAACAAUACACAGACAAACAUUAAAGAGGAGGGAAUUUAUCACCAAACAGAAAGUAAUACGAACAAUAUUUCAACGAAUGGAAAAUUUACAAUUCCAUUAGAUGAAAAAAAAACGAUAGUUGAUUUUUCUCAAACUUUGAAGGAGGAAGUUCAAUUUAGUAACUUACCACAAACUCAUAUGAAAAAUGUAGCGGUAGAUAAUUCCUAUAAUAAAAAUGAAAAAAUAUCAAAUAUAUUAAAAAAAAAUAAACCUGAUAUAAAUAUUCAAGAAAUAUAUAAUUUCAUUAAAAAUGAACAUGAACUUAUAAUCAAAUAUAAGCUAGAUAAAAAAUUUAUAAAUUUUUUAAGAACCAAAUAUAAAAAAAAUAUCAUAUUGUUAAUAUUAAAAUUAUAUGAAGAAAGAUAUAAUUACAUAAGUGAAGAAUUUCUGUUUAUGUUUGAUAACAUUAGCUCUUUCAAAAAAUUAUCUAUUCAAGACAAAAAAAGUAUCCUAAAGUUGAGUAACAUAACAAAUGACACGUUAUAUAUUAUUCUACUAACUUUCUUAUUUUAUAAUUAUUCCAAAUUUUAUUAUAAGAAGGAAAAAAAAACUCCUAUAAACAUUGUAGAAAAAAAGUCGAAAACUGCAGGUGUCAUUAUAUCCGAUAAUAACAUAUCUGGAAAUAGUAAUACCUCUAGCAGAAAUAAUACGAGUGAAGCGGAUUAUACAACUAUAGAUGACAUUAGUAUGAAUGACAUUUUAAAUGAUACUGCUAUAAUAGAUUUGACCACAAGUCUUGAUAAAAACGAAAAUGCUACUGUAGAUAGUAGUAAUAGCACAAGUAAUAGCUCCAGCAGCAUUUAUAGUAAUAUGAGAAAAAAUGAUAACACUGGAAUAUGUAUCGGAGAUACACAUAAAAUUAGUGAAUUUCAAUUGCAGAAUGAACAGGAAGAACAGAAGAGAGAAAAAACAACUUUAUCCUCAUCGGCACAUGCAUGCAUGAGUGAGGAAGAAAUAAUGAAAAAAACUAAAAACAAAAAAAACAAAAAAACAAAAAAUUUGAAUAGUGCAUUGCCAUAUAUAAUCCAAAAUGCUAUCAAAGAAUUAGAGAUUUUAAAAUUUAUUGAUGAAAAUUAUAAAAACAUAAACGAAAAUUUAAUAUUAGAUAAUAUAAAAGAUGCUAAAAAAGGAAGCACAUUAGUUUUUGAAAAUGUGGAUUUCUAUUUUGCAAAAUAUCCGAAGAAUAAAAUUUUAUCAAACAUUAAUUUACGCUUUUCGAAUAAAUAUACAUAUGGAAUUUUAUGUUACAAUGAUUCGGGGAAAAAUGAUCUAUCGAAAUUAUGUGCUAGAUUAUAUAAUAAGACUUAUGGAAAUAUAUUAUUGGAUAAUGAAAAUAUUGAGAAUAUAUCAAAAUAUAUUUUAACAAAAAAAAUAUCAGUCGUAGAGGAAGAAACAUAUUUAUUUAGUGAUAGCAUAAUAUACAACAUACUUUAUUCCUAUAACUGUAGAUUAAAAUCUAGUAAGAAUUUAUCCUAUUUAAAAUACAAUUUCAAAUUUAAUAAAAUUAAUAUAAACAGUUGUGUACACUUAUUUUCUUCUGAUAAUGAUAAUACUACAAAUGAAAAUGAUGAAGAAAACAAAAAAAUAAAGAAUGCUCAAAGUUUAAACAAACAAAUUAUUAGUACCAACGAGAUAAAUGAACAGAUUUCUACGAAUAACGAGAUGAAUGAGCAAAACAAUUUUUCACAUUUCAAAAAAUGCCUAAUGUGUGGAAAAGAAAUAAAUACAAAGUUACUAGAAGAGCAGAGAAAAAAAAAAAGUUAUAACAAAUAUAAAGUGCACUUCAUAAAAAAACUAUAUAAAGAAAUAAUAAAAGUGUCUAAAAUUGUUCGUAUAAAUGAUUUAAUAAAUUCAUACAAAAACAAAUUCUUUCAUAAUAUUAAUGAAAAAAUUUUGUCAGGCGGGCAGAAGCAAAAAAUAUCCUUAGCUAGAGCUAUUAUAAAAAAACCGAACAUUCUAAUAUUAGAUGAAGCAUUUAAUGCUUUGGAUUCAGUAAAUGAGCUAAAAAUUUUUUCAAGUAUUAAAAACUACUUACCUAAUUGUACUAUAAUAAAUCUUUCUCAUAAAAUUACGACAAUUAAUCGAUGUGACUAUAUUUAUGUUUUAAAGGAUGGAAAAAUUAUAGAACAAGGUUUAAGAGUGAAAUUGGAACAGAACAGGAACAGUGUGUAUGCCAAGAAGCUUAAUGAAAUUUAG